AUGCCAUUCUCCGCCUGUACUUUCUGCUCUGCCUCGCCUCCGCUUUCUAGCGGGACUUUUAUGGGCAAACUUUCCAGCAAGAAGCGGUGUGCUGAUGAAGACUGUGUGUAUGCCCUUUCUCUUGCAAGAGCCGAAGACGAUUACAAUGCACCAGACUGCCGGUUCAUCAAUAUCCGAAAGGGGCAACUGAUCUACGUUUAUUCAAAACUGGUGAAAGAGAAGAAAGCAGGAGAAUUCUGGUCUGGAAGUGUUUACAGCGAACAAUACGAGGACCAGAUGGGCACCGUGGGAUAUUUCCCCAGGAGUUUAGUCACGGAGCGGCACGUCUUCCGGAAAGCGAACAGGACAAUCCCCACAAAGGUCAAUGACUUCUUCUGCGAAUAAAAGUCUGCAAUGCCGGCUGUAAUAUUUUGGGCUCCGCAGAUAAAGGCUACCAGAGACAGGAAUGGCUUCAACCAACCUGAAUACGAAGAGUGAUGGAACCGUCUUAUACAGCAGUCUUUAGAACAGUCUCGUUCUAGAACAGACUAAGGUCAUUUGAUUUUAGGGCGAGUCCAAAAGCUACCAAUUCUUUAACAAUAGUCGAUACAAAGGAGUGCUUCUGAAUUGUAAAAUCAGUCCCAAAAUCCAGAAACCGUGAGCACAAGUCAAACGUGUUCUUCCUUCCUGUAUUUUCUAAGUCUUUAUAUAAAACAAGUUUCUU